AAUUGUUAACCCAGGAUUUCCCACAUAGUGAAGAAAGUGUUUUUACUUGUAACUCCAUCAGUGUGCCAUCAUCUCAAAGUGUACAGGGGAAAUACACCAAGAAGCAGUACUGCUUAUUUUGUGGAAAACCAUAUUCAAAAAUAGCAAGACAUUUAGAAUCUGCCCAUAGUGAUGAGAAAGAAGUUGCAAAAGCUUUACGAUUUUCAAAGAAUUCAAGAGAACGUCACAUCCAACUUAGCAUUCUGAGGAAACGUGGAAAUUUCACUCAUAAUGUAGAUACUGUUAGAGUAGGAUCAGGAAACAUGGUGGCUUGUUAUCGUCCCACAAAGACCAGAAAAGCUAAAGAUUACAUACAUUGCCUUCACUGUCAAGGUCUGUACUCUAAGGGUACCCUUUGGAAGCAUAUUAAAAUCUGUCCACAAAAUCCAAAUCCAGAUCCAUCGGAAGGUGGUAAAAAAUAUGUACGAACAUUAUGUGCAAUGUCUACACCAGUAGGUCUAGAUGUUAGCCAGAGCUUCAAGGAUGUGCUUUGCAACAUGGCAUAUAAUGAAAUUUUUGCCAUAGUUAGGAGUGAUAGAUGUAUCCUUCAGUUAGGACAGCAUUUCUUCAAUAAAAUAGGAUCAGACAAGGGCAAGCAUGAUUACAUAAGGCAGAAACUUAGAGAGAUCGGUAGACUUCUGCAGGAAGCACGAAAGUGCACACCACUGCGCAAGAUGGAAGAUUUUGUUAUUCCGUCCAACUUCCCUCAUGUGGUUAAAGCUGUGAAAGUAGUAGCUGGCUACGAUGAAGAAACACAUUCAUACCAAAUUCCAUCACUGGCUAUGAAACUUGGUCAUUCUCUUAAGAAAAUUGCGAGCAUUGUUGAGAGCAAUGCCACAAUUGUUGGAGAUAAUGAUCUAGCAAAAUCUGUUCGUCGUUACCUUCAAGUACAUCAAGCUAAGUGGAGUGAGUGCAUAUCUAGCUGUGCCUUAACUACACUAAGGGAAGCAAAGUGGAACACACCUCAGCUGCUGCCCUUUACUCAAGAUGUGAGACUGUUGCACUCACACCUGGAAAAAAAGCAAGAAGAAAUGCUUAGGCUACUUAAGAUUUGUCCUUCACGAGACAGCUACACUGGACUAACCAAGGUUACCCUCACGCAGGUCAUCCUUUUUAACCGGAGAAGAGAGGGUGAGGUCUCAAAAAUGCACAUGUCCAUCUUUGCAUCAAGAAACAAAAAAGAACUUCAGGAUGAUCUUGCCAUCUGCAUGUCGGACUUUGAAAGAAAACUGUGUCAACACUUUAUGCGUCUUGAGAUUAGGGGCAAGCGAGGUAGGAAGGUUCCUGUUCUUUUAAAACCUUCCAUGGUUCAUUCCAUGGAGCUCCUGAUGGAGUUCAGAGAACAAUGUGGUGUUCCAACAGAAAACCCUUUUUUGUUUGCUCGAUCGGGGGCACUUUCUGCAUACCGUGGCAGGGACUGCAUACAGCAGUUUGCCAAAGAAUGUGGUGCUAAACAACCGGAAGCAUUGUCAUCCACUAAACUUCGCAAACACAUUGCCACGAUGUCCAAAGUUUUAAAUCUUGAAGAAAAUGAAGCAGACCAGUUGGCUGACUUUUUGGGCCAUGACAUCCGUGUCCACAGAGAAUAUUACCGCUUGCCUGAAGGAACACUUCAACUGGCAAAAAUGAGCAAAGUGUUAAUGGCAAUGGAAAAAGGAACUCUUUCAGAUUUCAAAGGGAAAAAAUUGGAUGAAAUUGAAAUCAACCUAGAUGAAAAAAAUCGACCCAAGAACCAUUGA